AUGCAACAAACUAGUAAGAGUUAUGGCGAUACUGUUCGACGAGUAGGCGUCGCUGAUACUGCUAGGACGAGGAUGACGAGCAAUGAAAAGAUGUCCAUCACGCUUGUCCUCCAUGCUAGACUAAGCUAUUUAUCUCCAAUAUUAUCACCUGCUGUCCGUCGUCUUAUCGAAACCCAUAAGAUCGAUCCAAAUCAAGUUACUGCAACCGGUCGAAAUGGACGUAUCUUAAAAGGUGAUGUCCUGGCCUACUUAGAAAGUAAAGAUUUUCAAUCAGCAGGAACAAAAGUGGAAUCGGUUAGAUCUCCUCCAAAACCUUUACCACCUAUCCAAUCUCCAAAAAUGCCGAAAAUGGAUAAAUCAGUGCCUAUGCCCAAUAAUAAGUCUAGCGCAGGUUAUGUUGAUAUUGAAAACACCCAAUCGGAGCGUUCACUUGCGAGAAAAGUAACGGAAUCAAAGUGGCAAGUACCCCAAGCGUAUGUAGUUGUGGACUGUUAUGCCGAUAAUCUAGCAAAAUUUUGCAAAGAUAUGGCUGAUUUAGAAAUUACCAUGGAUAGUUUAAUUGUAAAAGCCGCUAUACUUGCUUUAAAGACCAAUCCUGAUAUGAACGUUGCCUUAGUUGAUGAUGAAGUACAGUCAUUACCGCGUAUAGAUAUUUCUUUAUCGACAUGGGCAUCACGAACAAAAAUCACUCGCCCACUUUUUGAUGCUACAUCUCUUCGAGUAUCAGAAAUUGCCAGCAAGCUAAAGCUAUGGCAGUCUCAUAGUAAAGAAAAUCAGCUAGAAGAUUCAACCGCUGGCUCAUUUAACAUUACUUGUAUGUCGUCUAUGGGAAUUAAAAGUUCGACCGCUAUUGUAUUACCACCAACGUCCGCUGUACUAACCGUUGGGUCAGUCAAUAAAAUCAUAUGUGAAGAUGGUUAUCCAAUCGAUACUGUAGCAGCUACGUUAUCCUUUGAUGCUCGAUUAAUCGAUGAGCCAUGCGCCAGUCAAUUUAUGACCCAAUUCCGUUUUAACGUUGAAGAUCCAUCAUCCUGGCUGUUGCGUUAA